CUCUGAAAGUAUAAACAAAGAAUGGAUAUCUCUGUUCUUAUUAUACUUCUUGAACGUCUAAUGAUUCAUAUUUUCAUAUUCCAAUUUGCUUCUUCUUCUUCUUCAUUAUCCUCUUCUUCUAAAACAAACAACAAUACAGAUAUGUUAGCCCUGCUGGCCCUCAAAUCCAAAAUUCAGUUGCCUUCGAAUAGCUCAAUGCUUGGUAGCUGGAACACCAACACCAACACUAGUUUCUGCAAAUGGGUUGGCGUCUCUUGCGGUCCACGCCACCAACGUGUGACUGUCUUGAAUAUUUCAUUCAUGAAUAUUCAUGGCACUAUCUCACCCCAUGUUGGAAACCUUUCCUUCCUCCGCAUUCUAAACCUUGAUACCAACAGUUUUCGUGGUCCAAUACCCAUAACUGUGGGACGGUUGCGUCGUUUGAGAGUGCUCAACUUGAGAGAGAAUCAACUUGAAGGGACCAUCCCAUGGACCAUUAAUUCACAGAGCCUAAACAGUUUGGAAAUACUAAACCUACAGUACAACAACUUGGUAGGUAACCUUCCUUCUUCUCUCUUCAAUAUCUCAACUUUAAAAGAAAUUGUUCUCUCAUUCAAUCGUUUUUCUGGAAAUAUUCCAAAUGAUAUGUGCCAUAUGCUCCCAAAACUAGAAAUGGUCUAUCUUUCGAACAACCCACUUAGUGGUCAUAUUCCAACAAGCUUGUGCCAUUGUAAAAAUCUCAAACAACUCGAGCUAGGUGAAAAUGGGUUGACAGGAAGCAUACCCACACAUCUAGGAUGCUUGCGCGAACUUGAGUAUAUGAGUUUCGCUAUAAACCAAUUGACCGGCACAAUUCCUGCCUCGUUGGGUAAUCUUUCUAAGCUAGAAGAACUUGAUCUUGAUACUAACAUUUUGAGGGGUGAGAUUCCACCAGAGUUGGGCCAGCUUUCCGGUUUAAAAAUUCUAGCCCUUGAGGAUAAUAAUCUUUCUGGUAGAUCACCUCUAACCAUUUUCAACCUUUCUUCCAUCGAAAUAAUUUCAUUAGCGUUUAAUAAUCUAUCAGGAAAUGUUCUAGAAGAGCUCAAUGGUUUUCGGCUUCCUAAGCUUAGAGAAAUGUAUUUGAAUGCAAAUGGAUUCAGUGGUAGAAUUCCAGAUUCUAUCUCCAAUGCUUCAAUGCUCACACUGUUUGAGAUAUCUAAAAAUUCCUUUAGUGGACCCGUGCCCAUGACAUUAGGUAGUCUUCCGCAUUUAGGAUUUUUCAACAUACAAACGAAUAAACUGACCAAUAAUCCAACGCAAACAGAGCUUCAGUUCCUUACUGGUUUGACACAGUGCCGCCGGCUGAGACUAUUGUCCAUAAGCGGUAAUCCUAUGAAGGGAGCACUUCCAGGAUCUAUUGGAAAUUUUUCCAAUUCUCUUCAAAAAUUCUAUGCAGCAGAAAGCCAAAUUCAAGGUAACCUGCCGUAUCAAAUUGGAAACAUAAGUGGCUUAUUAGAUCUUCAAUUACAAAACAAUAAUCUGAGUGGAACAAUUCCUUCUUCUUUUGGAAAUUUACAUAAGUUACAGCAGUUAUAUCUCCAGGAUAACAGAAUAGUGGGAAAUCUUUCACAUGAGGUAUGUCCGUUAACUUCUCUAGGAUAUUUGGACUUGGGUCUAAAUAGCCUAUCUGGUCCCAUUCCUUCAUGUAUUGGGAAUCUUACUGGAAUAACUUCAAUCUCUUUAUCUUCUAAUGCAUUUACCUCUAUACCACAAAAUAUCUGGAGCCUCAGUAAUGCUUGGUUUAUAAAUUUCUCGGAUAACUCUGUCACGGGGUACCUUCCCGCUGAGAUUGGAAACUUGGUAAACCUCCAAAUUUUGGAUCUAUCCAAGAAUCAAUUAUCAGCAAGUAUUCCAGGAAUACUCUCCAAGCUGAAGAUGCUACAACAACUGAACUUGUCAGACAAUGCAUUCCAGGGUAUUAUUCCUACAAGUAUCGGUGAUUUGGCAAGCCUUGCAUCAAUAGAUCUUUCAUCCAAUAAUUUAUCCGGCAUCAUACCCAAGUCUUUGGAGAAGCUUCACUAUCUCAGGCAUUUGAAUUUGUCUUUCAAUAUGUUAAGUGGCUCAGUUCCAAACAAUGGAGCUUUUGCAAACUUCACCAUCAAGUCAUUCAUGGGAAAUCUUGAUUUAUGUGGCAAUUCAAAACUAAGGCUCCCACCUUGCCCAGAUACAACUCCUUCAAGGCCAAGAAAGGCAUUAAUGUUCUGGCUCAAAUAUGUUCUUCCUCCAAUUGCCGCACUGAUACUUGGGGCAUUACUGCUACUUGUGUAUGUGAAAUAUUGGAGAAAGAGCAAGAAUCAACCAACCUCUGAGAUUGAUUCAUCGAUCAGGUUUGGCCACAAGCACAUAUCAUACUAUGAGCUCCUCAGUGCAACAAAUAAUCUCAACGAAGCAAACUUGCUGGGAAGUGGAAGCUUUGGUUCUGUAUACAAAGGAACCAUGUCAGAUGGUGAGAUAGUUGCCGUGAAAGUCUUCAAUUUGGAAGUUGAGGGAGCAGCAACAUCUUUUGACAGAGAAUGUCUGGUGCUAAGGAAUGUGAGGCACAGAAACCUUGUGAAGAUCAUAAGUUCGUGCUCCAACCUCGAUUUCAGAGCUCUGGUUCUUCAAUACAUGCCUAAUGGAAGCCUUGGAAAGUGGUUAUGUAAUCAGGGGCAAAACUGUUUGGAUAUUCUUAAGCGGAUGGAUAUUAUGAUUGAUGUGGCAUCCGGACUGGAAUAUCUUCACAAUGGAUAUUCAGAGCCCAUCGUUCAUUGCGAUUUGAAGCCCAGCAAUAUUCUUUUAGAUGAAGACAUGGUUGCACAUGUUGGUGACUUUGGCAUUGCAAAAAUUUUAGCAAAAUACAAAUCUAUGACCCAAACAGCAACUCUUGGCACAAUGGGCUACAUAGCACCUGAGUUCGGGUUACAAGGAAGGGUAUCUCCAAAGGGUGAUGUUUACAGCUAUGGUAUUAUGUUAAUGGAAACAUUUACAAGAAAGAAUCCACGAGAUGAAAUGUUUGUUGGAGGACUGAGCUUAAGACAAUGGGUCAUUUCCGUUUAUCCUGAUCGAGUAACAGAGAUUUUGGACACUAGUCUUUGGACUGGAUAUGGAGAAGCGACUAUUAAUGCAGCUAUGGAUUCUUUAACUCAUUGUUUCUCAUCCAUUAUCGAAUUAGCAUUGCACUGUUCCGGUGAUUUACCAGAAGAGAGGCCCAAUAUGACAGAUACUUUGGUUAAACUUAAAAAGAUGAAGCACAAUUUGGUGCAACAUCUAAGUAGGUUUAACAGACAAUAGUAAAAUCGUGAUGGCAAAAUUGACUUUGAUCUACUCAAUUAUAUAUUAUUGAAGAUAAAUUUACUAAGUCAAAAAGAAAGAAAAUUUCU